AUGGCUAUAUUAGACGUGCCUGAAUUGCUGCCGUGGAUGCAGAAAGCCAUGACCACCUUUGGUCCCGAGGGGCGGAGAAGAUGUGCUAUGACAUCCGUCAACAUGAAGAAGCGGCUGGUUGGCGUGAAAUUCGCACUGCAAGUCCUGCUUUUCGCAGAUGAAAGCGUGCGACGACGAUUCGCUCAGAUCUGGGUGACCAAGCGUUCCAAGACAAUACGACCAUCUGACCGAUAUGCUCUGGCAGAAUACGAAGAGUUGGCCGAGCUGACCGAGCCGACUGAGCUGUAUACAAUGAAGAUCAACAUUGGAGGAGCUAUUUGCUUCGUCUACCUUCCUUCACGAGUCGAUUCAUCCGGAGGCUCGGGUUUUGAUAUCGCCGGAGCUCAGAGUGGUUGA